CAGAGAUGGCAGUUCCAAAUACAGUAGAUAUAUUAGGAGUAGAACCUAGAUACCAUCUACGAUCUGGUUAUGCAGGGCUACAAAUCAAAAAUAAAACAGAAAAAAGGAUUUCAAAUUUUUUAGAGGAAUCCUCAGGAAAACUGCCAAGGUACAAACAUGAUAAACGAAAACCAAAAACUACUAACAUAUGCAAUAAUUCCUUUAAAAAUUUUUGGCUAGACGGAAAUGCCGAUAACUACAAAAUCUUUCAAGAAACUUUAGAUAACGUAUUUAAAGAAGUCGAUGAUAUCAAAGAAGAUGCUUUGAAAGCUAGUUGGAGCUGCAUAUCAUCCACCGAUCUAGAAUGCAUCCUCUGCAGCCGAUGUCUCUUGGACCCAGUAACCACUGGUUGUGGGCACACCUUCUGUAGAGGAUGUCUCACGAGGGUACUGGACCAUGGCCUCUCGUGCCCUCUUUGUAUGUCUUCUCUAACCACGGGAGACUAUUCUAGAGCAUCGACUGAAGUUUUGCUGCAAGCCAUUCAGUUUCUAGUGCCACAAGAUUACAAUGAAAGAAUGUCCAUAAGUAUUAGGGAAAGUUUGAUCUUGGAGAGGAGCUCAGAUAUUCCAGUAUUUAUUUGUACUAACGCUUUUCCCGGUGUAGCAUGCCCGUUGUACGUUUAUGAAGCAAGAUACCGUUUAAUUGCCCGAAGAUGCUUGCAAUCCAGUACAAAAAGGUUCGCAAUGGCCGGGAAAGACUCCAAUGGAGACAAGUUCGUACAAUAUGGUACCAUACUAGAAGUGAAAGAUGCUGUAAACUUGGAAGAUGGAAGGUUCAUUUUAACAACAAUUGGAGUUAGAAGAUUCAAAGUUGUCAGUAGGAAUGAACAGGAUGGUUAUGACACAGCCAAAAUAAAUUAUAUCAAAGACAACGAUGUUCCUGCAGAAAAACUACAAGAAUUGAUGCUGAUCCAUGAAAAAGUAUACAACAAAGCUUCUAAAUGGAUAAAAUCUCUAAAACCGAAGGCUCUGAGAGAGGUCGAAAGACUGAUUGGAAAAAUGCCAAAGGUAGAAAAGGAUUGGUUCACUUUACCAGAUGGACCAGCAUGGGCUUGGUGGUUGAUGCCUAUACUGCCACUCAGUUCACAAUUACAGGUUGGAUUUUUGAGCACUACCAGCUUGGAAAAACGGCUAAGAGCCAUUGACAAAAUGUUGGAGCACAUGAAGAUCCGCAUGAAAGCUCUGGAGCGAAAUACUGUCGCCUGCUCUCAAGAAGUAGACCCGUCGGACUACUGUGAAAGUGGAAGAUCUUUAGAAAUGCCAUAUACUAAUAAUUAA